CGCCUGAAGUCAGGAGCGUUUCGCGCUGAUCGGUCCCCUGAAGUGUCCAGAGGACUUUACGCAUGAAUUGUACCUUGAAAAGGAGCGGAUUAUGACACAGGAAGGAAGGAAUCGUGAGAUUCGUCUAGGAAAACAAAACAUUUGGGGCUCUGAUAAAGCCGUCAACAUCCUUGAACAGUGAGCAAUGCAUGACCUGACAGCCCAAGUCACCAGCAGCCUGCUGCCUUUCCCAGGAGUGACUGUAGAUGCUCUGGGGGAGGAUGAGAUCACUCUAGACUCUGUUCUUCAUGGGAAGUUCACUAUUGGCCGCAGCGGGCUGGCCUGGCUGGCCUGUGGCCCCCAUCUGGAGGUUGUUCAUGCAGUGACAGGAGAAAGACUGUCGGCAUACUGCUUCAGUGGUGGAGGGGAGCACCCACCCAGUGUCCUUGCUGCCAGGGACUUCAGCUGGCUCAAACGGUCUGGACUGCUGGUUGGCUUGGAGGAAGCAGAGGGCAGUGUGCUGUGUCUCUAUGACUUGGGACUGUCAAGGGUGGUCAAAGCUGUGGUCAUACCAGGCAGGAUUAUAGCUGUUGAGCCAUUAGUGAGUUAUGGCGGAGCAAGCACUUUGACACAGCACCUCCACCAGAGUUUGCGCUGGUUCUUUGGCAUUGCUGCUGUGGUAACGGAUCUUGGUCAUGUUCUGUUGGUGGACCUCUGUCUUGAUGACCUGUCCUGCAGCCAAAGUGAACUGGAGGCUUCGGACCUGCAGGUAGUGACUAAAUCUCCUGCAGAGAUCCCAAGGCUGAGAGAAGUCAGCACCAGACAGGGCAGACAUCUUUGUCUCCAACUGAAUGGGCCCAGUGGAGUUGGAGCCACAGCUCUGCAGUAUAUCUCCAGGACCAACCAGCUGGCGGUGGGAUUUUCUGAUGGAUACUUACAGUUGUGGAACAUGAAGACUCUUAAGAAAGAAUACCAUUCCCAGUUAGAGGGUGGUGGGGUGGCUGUGUAUGCCUUCACCUUCCAGGAACCAGAGAAUGACCCGAGGAACUGCUGCUACCUCUGGGCUGUCCAGUCUUCUCAGGACCUCGAGGGGGACAUGGUCAGCCUCCGUCUGCUUCAACUGGCCUUCAGUGAAAGGAAGUGUCUGUCUUCUGGGAAGAUCCUCUAUGAGGGUCUGGAGUACUGUGAGGAACGUUACAGUCAGGAGUUAAGUGGCACAACUUUCCCUUUCAGGGCCCAGACCACCAACACCCGCCUGCUCAGUUGCCAGACCAUCGAGAAAUUCAGACCCCAUCCUGACAGGGAUGACAGCAUGAAUGAAGUUGCAUCUCCAGACACCAGUGUGUCUAUCUUCAGCUGGCAAGUCAAGGCUUAUGGUCAGGGAAACCCAUCUACCUACAUUGGGGUUUUUGAUAUCAAUCGGUGGUACCAUGCACAAAUGCCGGAUUCUUUAAGAAUGGGGGAGUCUCUGCAAAAUUGUCCAUACCUGGCAGUUUGGUCUUUGGACCCAGUGGUGCAGAUGGUGUCUCCACAUGCCCUGCUGGAUGUGGUGGUACACGACCGCAGCCUGAGCAGGGGCCUGCCCUUCACCUGCCCCCCACCAGAACAAUACUUUAACCCCACCACAUACAACUUUGAUGCUACCUGCUUGCUCAACUCUGGAAUAGUGCACUUAACGUGUUCUGGGUAUCAGAAAGAGACCCUGAGCUUUUUGAAGAAAGCUGCUCCUUGUUCCAGUGACAUCAUCUCCACUAGCUACUCUCGCUGCCUCAUGUCUGGCCUACUCUCAUCUCGCCUGGCUGACACCCAGGCCUCCAGCCUCUCUCAGGAGGAACAGCUGGAUGCGAUCUUGUCCACAGCGGUGGAGACCAGCUCCUUAGGACUGAUCACUGGCUGUAUCAAGCAGUGGACUGCAGAAGAACAACCAGGCUCUGCACUGAACCUGCGCUACAUCCUGGAUUGGGCCUGGAGCAAAGUAAUCCAGACCAAGGAGGAACUGGAUGGCAUCUGCGCUCCGCUGUUUGACAGCUCAUCCAACUUCACAGACCCUCAGACCUUGCAGCUGCUGCAGCACAGUCAGAGACUGCUGGGUAACCUCAGUACCAUCUUCCACUGUCUACUCAGUGAAGCUCAGGAGCUCACACAAAAAGGUCUGGUGGGGUUGAUGAACAAGAACAUGGUUUCCAGUCUGAUUUCCAAGUAUGCUCAGGUGGUCCUCUGGUUCUGUCGCACUGGCUUACUGCCUGAGGGAUCAGAUGACAACGCUCUCCAGAUCUCCAGGCCUUUCUACAUCCACUCAAUCAUCAGCAACUAUUACACUAUGCGCAGAGAGGACCUCACCAGGCUAGCUAAGGGCAAGUGGUGUGCAGACUGCCUGAUGAUUGAUGGUUUGGUUGGCCAGUGUGGUGAACGCUUGACCAACCUAUGGAAAAGGGAUGAGGGUGGGACAGGGCAGUACCCACCACCUACAUUGCAUGCCUUGUUGGACAUUUAUCUACUGGACAAUAUUGAUGAAGCUGCCAAACAUGCAAUUGUGAUUUACCUGUUGCUGGAUGUCAUGUACUCCUUCCCCAAUAAGGACGGAGCAUCAGUGGAGUCUUUCCCCCCAGCUUUUGCCAUCCCUGUUGGACUGGUGAAACUAGUGCAAGGCCUCUGGCUGCUGGACCAUCAUGACCACCAGCGUGCAUUUGAACUGCUCCUGCAUCCGGCUGCCCCGCAAUGUCAGUUUGAGUGGCAGCACGAGCGUGUCCUCCAAGCUCUCAUGUGCCAGGGCCAGCACCCAGUGGCGCUCCGAUAUUUCCACGUUGCAAAGCCCCCAAUUUCCUCCACCUCCCAGGCGAAACUCUGCCUGUCUGUACUGCUACAUAACAGGUGUCUCAUAGAGGCAUGGUCCUUACUUCGGCAGCACUCUAAUCGCCUCAAUAUGGGUGAGCUGCUGGGCUUCCUGUAUGAGAGCUGCCAGGAGCUGGGCCUCAUCAAGGAGCUGCUCAAACUGCCCCUCGGUCUAUCUGAACAGGAAUGUUUGGAGAAGUUCCUCCAGGGUACAGGGGGUCUCCCAAACAGAGAACUACUGAUGGUCCAUUACCUUCAGCAGGCCAACUAUAUACCUGCUCUGCAGCUCAACCACAGCCUCAAAAUGCAUCUGGUGAAUGAGCGUGACCCAAAACUUAAAGAACGAUCCAAUACCAGGAACUCUAUAUUGGAUCAGUAUGGCAAAGUUUUGCCCAGAGUGCAGAGGAAACUGGCAAUGGAGAGAGCCAAGCCCUACCAACACCCCUACACCAUCCACAGAGAAGUUUCUCGGCCACAGCCACUGUCGACUAUCACCAAGCGCUCUGCCAGUGAGAAGGUGAUGUCCAGGGCUGGAUUUAUCAACAAUGUCCUGACCAAGAUUGAGGAGGUUUGGUUAGGCAAAGGAGCAACACCACAGUCCUCCCCAGCCAAGAAUCCAAGGGCAGCUGACAUUCAGAGCCCAAGCCCAAGGCCCUCCUCUUCGGUCCUUCCUGAUCCCUUUCUGGGAACUCCCAUCACCAUGACCUCCAAACGGAAGUCAAGGCUGAUGGACCUGGUGGUCCACCCCUCCUGUCAGAGCCCUCAGCCUCUUCUCAGCCCCCCAAGACCCCCCAGCUCCUGGGUUUCUCCAAAGAGCAUCAGCAAAGCCCCUGAACUCAGUCUGCUGCAAACACCACAGGUCGUCAAGCGAGCUCGGGCCUUAGCUGCCUCUGGCCCGGUGUUCUCAGCCUUCACUCCCCAGUCCAUCCUUCGCAGCAGCCUGAGGCCCACACCGGUCGCCACCCCUUCUGCUUCUCCAGGGCGCUCCAUCACCCCUCCGCUGCGCAGCAAAGAGAGCCGCAUCACCUUCAUCGAAGAGACAGAAUCUCCUGAACCAGAGAAGGGAAUCCGAUGGACCAAUGGGAUGGCAGCAGACAGUGAGAUUAGCUUGCUGACCAGAGGUUCCAUCCUGUCCAAGGCUACAGGUAAAAUCUGGUCAUCACAGCCUGCUGAGGAGGAAGAGGAUGGAGAGGAGGAGAGGGAACAACCUCAUGUAAAGUUCUUGCCUCCUGAAGGUGGUAUUCCUUCACCACAGCUGAGAUGCUCUGAGAGCGAGUCAUCCUCCAUCCAUGAAGUCGCUGCAGAAACCAGACCAUCAGACCCAACGCAAGCACGACUUACCCUGAGCUUUGACACCAGUCAGACAUCUGUCCUGUCAACAGACACUACCCUAGAGUACUAUGAUGCACCUCUAUCAGAAGAGGUAGAAGUAGAGGAGGGGCACACAGCUACAGAGAAGGAUGAGGAGGUAGUAACACUGAACAUCAAAGCCCAAAGUGAAAAGGAAGAAGCAGAGGAAAAGCCCUCUCCAACCACUGAGCAAACCCCUGUCCUGACAUCAGAUAAUGGAGAGGAGGAGAAAGAGGAGGCGAAUGAAGAUGAAACAUUUGAAGACGUGAUGGAGCUUGGUCUUGAUCAGGAGGCUAAAAUCGAGGAAGACAUUCAGUCUGAAAAGGAGGAUGUAGAGGAUUAUGAGUCAAGUAGCAAACAAGAAGAUGCUGGAACUCUUGACCAUGAGGAGAUGCUUAGUUACAGUCAAGUUUGUAACCAGGUAACUGAGAGCAUAGACCCUGGCUCUGAGGUCGAAUCUCAGCAUCAACCAGCGAAAGCCACUGAACAGGAUAUCCAGUCUAAGGCCAUAGAGUUAACUGAGCAUCUGAAACCGUCUGGAGCCAAUGAACCAACUGAACCCACAAACGAACCAGAGGACGAUCUGGAACAAUCAACAGAUCUGACAGAGUUUGUGCAGCGACAUCUGUUUGGCAGCGAUCUGUCUCCUCAACUCACCCGCUCAGGAAUCCACAAUGCAUCACAGACGCAGAUGUCAUUCAACAGUGAGUCACUAGGUGAGGUUGAAGAGGAAGAGCAGGCAGCUGCUGAAGCUCCCCCACUUUUUACCAGCCAGAAAUCUAAUGCCUCUGUGACAUCAUCCGAGCCAACUGGCACAGACUCCCACUCUGUUGUGAGUCUACACGAUAGUGAAGAAUUGUCUAGCCCUGUGUCUGAGGAGGAGGAAGAAGAAGAUGAUGAGGAGGAGGAGGAGUCUGAUCAAGCUGAGGAGGAGGACUCUGGUAGCGAGGUGGAGAUCAUCGAGGAGGUGCAGGGGAAUGGGAGGCUGCCACCCCUCCAGCCGAGUUCGGUCUUUGUACAACAAGGACACACACACUUCCUGCCAAGUCUGUCAGAGCAGGAAGCUGCUGAGUUCUCUCUGAUCACACCGGGGGCUGAAAUGAAGAUGGUAGAAGAGGACAUGGAGGGUGAGGUGGUGAUGGUGAGACUCGGGGCUGAUGAAGGAGGGAUGGAGGCAGAGGAGAACGAAGACCAAGGAUCAUCAUACAUGGAGCUCAAACCCUCUACCACUCUCCUGGUACCUUUGGAGCUUGUGGAGGGACAACACAGCCUGGUCGAUAGCGCUCAGCUGUGUCUUCCUGAGAUUCAGGAGAUGGUUGUGCCAGACGACCCGAGGACUGAGACUCAGAGCAGCUUCUCUCUGAUGCUGGAUAUGGACGAGGAUGGGGAUAAAGAGGCAGACACACUACCUAUUGAGAAUGAUGUGCAGUCCUCCAAUCUUUCCACCCAGUCUCCUGUAGAGGAAGCCUGUGAGGAGCUUGUGGCCAAACCUGAGGUUAUUCUGUUGGGCACAGAUGAACAGGAUACUCCUCUGUUUGCAGAAGUCUCACAUGAUGACCAGAGGAAAGACAUGGACACCCUGGAUGGAAUUGAGCUAGAUGGACUGAUGGAAUCAGAACCUGUACAACUCCAAACUGACCAACAGACUGAAAACACUGAGACAAGCCAGGAAAAUGAGUUUUUAAUGUUGGCUGAAGCUCAUGAACCUGAAGCUACUUCUGUACCAACUCCAGUGGGAGAAUUCCCAGAAGUUGUGGAUGAUGAAGACUUUGUAGCACAGAAAGAUGCUGCUGAUGAAGAGAUCGGAGAGAAAGAGAAGAAACCGACACCCGCUGAAGACCAAGAAGAGCCUGAAGAGAAUGGGUUGGUUAAUAUAGACGCAGAAAUUGUACCCAGUGCAGAGACGGUGCCUGCUGUGGAGGAGCAGCUGCAGGACCACAAAGUCUUAGCAGAGACAGAAGAGGAUAACACGGAAGAAAUUACGACAGAGAAGGAAACUAAAAGGAGGACUAGGGGAAGACCAAGAGAAGAUAAUGUUGAAGAGGAACCUGUGAAGCAGGUCUUCAGCUCAUCAGAGACUCCGACUUCUCAGAGGAAGAAGGCUCCUUCCACCCCAACACGGAGGACCACGAGAGGUAGGAGGACUGUCACUUUUAUCUCUCCUCUACCGGAGGAAGCAGAGGAGCCAGAGAAGGAUGUGAAAGUCAUCGAGACAGAGACGAGCACUCUGGAGGUCCCUUCCUCACCUCGUCGUACACCCAGAAAAAGUAGACAGAACAAAGAAAUUAAAGUCCAAGCCAGCACACCACGAAGAAGUACCCGCAAAGCUCAGCCAGAGCCUCCUAAAGAAGAGGUUGAAGAGGGGGAGGCUGUGGAUAACAAUACCACAGCUGCAUCAAUGUUCAAGGCCUCUUCUCCAGCCAGACGACGGGCUUCCCAGAGGGCCACUUCAACAAAGACCAGCAAAAGGACCCACACUGGCAGUGAGGAGGUGUCCGCAGCCACAGAGGUUGAAAUCAAAGAGGAGGAGAAGGACCAAGAGGAGGAGGUCACACAUAUAAAAGUUGGUCGACGAACAAGCUCCAAGACUCCCACACCAGCCAAACGCAGGACCGCUCCGGGAAACACCCCAAGGAGGUCCAGCCGAAGGAUAUUGAGUAGCAAUGAGGCGGAGUCAACAACAUUAGAGAUCGUGAAAGAGGAUAAAGAACAGGAAGAAGUCUUUGCUCCUCCUGUCAAACGCAGCUCCAGGAAGACGCAGCCAGCCCUGCUAGAGGAGGAAGAGGACAAAAAAGAGCAACUUUCCAGCCCUGGCAGGAUGACCCCACAGUCCAACCGGAUUACCCUAAAUGUUUAUCCACAAGUGAAACUGGUUCCUGUAUCACUUCCUCAGAGCACGAAAAAGACAAGACGAGAGACGAUAACUGAAAACAUAAAAGAAAGUGAAGAUCUACUUGAGUCUGAAUUUAACAGCAACACUAGUCAUACAAACUCCCGGCGACCAACUAGGAGCAAACUCUGGGACCACCCUGAGGAAGAUCUUCCCUUACUGGACUCUCCGUUGGAGGUGGACUCUGAAACUCCUGUUGCAGACGCCCUCAUCAAGAGACUCCAGGAUGAGGAAGAGAAGCACGAAGGAGGAGUAGUUAUUUCAAAGGUGGUGAGAACCAGCAAGAGGAAUAUGAAGACAUCAGUGGAGCAGACUCACUCGCUUCCUCCUGUGAAAGACGGCCUGGUCCAUGAACCCGAAGAGGACGAGUCCAGUCCAGGCGAGCAUUCAUUCAUCUACUCCCCCUCGAGAAGAAGAACAAGAGCCCGUAGAGCAGAGUCUCCUGGCCCAAGUGAAGAGUCAGCUGCACCUGUCACUCGCAGCAGAAGAGUCAAAGAAGUUGCUCCUCAGGAUGCAGCUACUUCAGAAGAAGAUCAUGUGGAAGUGGAGAAAGCAGGCAAACGAACAGGCAAACGAACAGGCAAACGAACAGCCAAAUCCAAAGGCAUUUCGGAGCCGCCUCCCAUAGCAGAAGUGGACCUGAUCUCGCCUCUGGCAAGCCCAGCUGAUCCGCUCCCACGAACACAGAAGAGGACUAAAGAAGGGGAGGUCCCGACCUCAAGCAUGAACCUUCGACGCAAGCGCAUAAUGGACACUGUUUUCACAAAACCUGUCACCCGGAGGAAGAAACUGUAAGGAGGUUGAUGGUGGUUUUGACCAGCAAACCUCAGACAGCCACCUCAAGAUUUGAACCAACUCAGUUCGGAGCUGUCAAAUAAAGUGUAUGCUGAAACUCACCAUGGAUCUGUUUCCUCAAAUGUCUCACCGCGCUGCAGUUGUCUUUGUACAUGGACUUCCCUGUAGGAUAAUAAAAUAAAAGCAAUGACGAUUAUAUUUUUGGAGUUUACAUGUCCCACUCAUCCUAACUUGAUUUCACUUGAUAUUGUAUUUGUGGCCAUUUUGUGACGCUCCUUGUAAUCAGCUUAAUUCUCUGGGCACAGAAUGGCACAGGGGCAAGCAAUCAGUGUGGGUUCUUAGAAGCUCCCGUCAAUAAAACCAGAGAGACUGAACUGAACUUGCCUCUGAUAAAGAGGUUUUAUUUACAUUCUCUUUUAUUUUAAGUUUUUUUGUUCUUCUUCUUGUUCACGUUUACUUUUAAGAUUUUGAGGCCUGCUGUUUUUUCUAUUUAAGAAGAAAAGCAACCAACCCAGUGGAUACAAAACAUUUCUACUGUUAAAUUUGUAUAUAGUCUUUUGCUAUGUUCCAAAUAAAAUUAAUAAAUAAACCCUAAAGAAUUAUGUUCAUUUUGAAGUUUUAAGUGUUUCAAAUGCAUUUGAUCAUCUAAUCAGACUGCCUAUGUCAUAGUCUCAAAGUUUGAUUUGAUUUGGAGGUUUUCUGUGAAAGACACAGACUUGUACAAUUGGACUGUUUUUGUAUGUCAUGGGAUGUUAUAUAUUGUGAAAGGGGGAAAAAUACUUGCACAGCGGUUUGGCGUUAAACUUGUUUUGGGACAUGUUAAUAGGCUUGUUUAAUUAAAUUUAUGGCAACCACCAUCUGACACAUAGGCUAUUUUCUGAUGAAUGUAUGUAGAAUGUCUUAUUUUUGAUGACUGCUCUUUGAUAAAUAUGGCAAAUACCUCUCUA